GAAACACUGUUGUAUAUAUACAUGACAUUUGACGCCAACGAAUGAGUUAUAAGCAUUCGCUUUUUGUUCAAGUCUCUUAACUGAAUCGGUGUGCGGAAAAAUAAAUAGAAAAGAGCUUGUUCUUAUUGAGGCCUGGUUACUUUAACGACGAGAGAAGCUAAGUCAAAAGUGAAGAAAGACAAAAGUGAAAUAAAAACAUGGACGACAUGAGCGGAAUUGCACAAUCCCUUCCACCAUCAGCGGAUCAACAAAUCUUGCAACAAAUGACAAUCAAAAAAGAGGAAGAAGAAAACUCGGAAGAAAAUACUGAACCGAUUUCGGAAGUAAAUCCAAACAAACUUGUCGGCGGUAAAGCAUACACAGUCGCCGGUAAAUACGACGCCAUUAAAGAUAUCGUCGGCAAUUAUGGAAUCAUUGGAGAGUUUCAUAAAACAAUUGACGGGGGUUGGGGGAUCUGUUACAUUCGAAUGCCCAAAGCAGAAUCCGAACAGAAGACGAUGCUGGAUAAAUUCAAUAAUAAAAACAUUUUAGUUUGGCGAGAAAAAGUAGUCAAACAAUCAACAAAUGGAUAUGAAUUAGAUCUGGCAAUUGAAGAGCAUUUACAAUUUGCAAGAGCCAAUAAAGAUACAAUUAAAUUUUUAGAAAACGGAAACAAUAACGAGGAAUCAAACAAUUCAACGAAAAUUGCAUAUAUACUCCCUAAAGGAUGUUAUUGCAAGCUUAAGCCGCUUAAGCCUGACGAUGAUGACAGUAAACCGACUAAACCAGUCGGCACACCAAACAAGUGUAAUAUGGGCGUCAAAAUCGACUCCUAUCCUAAAAAUACUUACAACAGUCAAAUUAGUAUGGAGAGAUUAACAACAAUCUUGGGUCACCACGAUUAAACCGUCGUACCGAAACAGAAAUCUAAGGAAAUAAAAACAGAAAAAAAAUAAAACAACAAGAACCGACAAGAACGGAAUCUACUUAUAUUCCCAUAUAUAAUUUACACUCGUCGUCUUUUUGGUUUCAAGGGCGACUAUUUUAUAAUUUUUUAAUUUUUUAAAUAUAUAUAUCUCAUCAUCAAUUGAUUUAUCCUCAUUGCUGGUACCAUAAUAACCUGCAAGUGCUGAAUUUAAUUAUAACAUAUAUACUUACACGAGCUUUUAUUUUAAGCCAAUACAAUAUGAUUUUUAAUCUGGAAA